AGUGACUUCAGUCAGUUAGCGUCAAGCGUCAGUCCUGUUCUAAACUUUCUUUGUACGCGAGUUUUCUACGUGUAUGAUUGUGUCUCUGAUUUACAGUGUACGACGCGAAAAUUCAAAUAAUGACCACAAAUCUUAGUGCAAGUGUGUGUGAAUAAUGUAGCACCCAACUAAAGGAUACAGUGCAGUGUUUUAUUUGUGCCAGGACCAAGGAUACUCGUUUUCCUUCCGUCAGGACAUCUCACAGCUGACUGCACACAAUGAACAGUGCAGGGGACGAGACAGCUGAGGAGGCGAGUGGGGAGGAGGUGGGGAGUUUGGAGGAGGCCAGAAAAGUGAUAAAGGACUUGAGAGAGAGACAUCGCAUGCAGGCGCUACAGGUCAUGAUCUGGAGGAGGCGAAUGAAAGCUCAGGUGGAAAUGCAGCCGGCCAGGACUUGCCGCCAGUAUAUUGUGGCCAGUUGGGACUGGCCAUUGAGUCGCUGCGGGACGGAUACACACUGUCCCAUCUGUGGCAGACCAUUCCACGGCCUCUCAGACGGCGUAACGAUUGUUCGCAGCGUAAGCGACGCAGUCGAACUGCCGCCAACGGGCAAAUACCCGCCGCUACGACGCAGCAACGGUUUUCUGCGGCGACCCGAGAUCCUAGAAACCGUCUACAGCGUCGAAGAAGACCCGGACGGCGACCAAACCUGCCUGGGGGCCGAUUCUGGGGGCCCCCAAACGCCCCAAAACCCCCCGAGUCACCCGCAAUCGUGCCCCGAGGACUCUUGGUCGCAAAAACGGAGCCGCCUAAAGGAGAUGUACUACGGAAGCUUCGAGAAACUAGAUCAUACGGGCUUCGAGCAACUCGAACGAACUCCAGACGAGCAAUCGUCUCAGCCACCCUGUCACGUGACCUACAACAGGGUGAUGAGCAACCAUAGGUCGGUGACUAAGCCCAAGGAUGUCAAGUAUAAGCGCAUCAACAAGGCUAAGUCGAAGUCGCUGGAGGAACUUAGAGGUAGGUUGAAGAAUUGGGUGGAAAAGGGUAAUAAACUGGCCGUUUCGUUGGACCAGUCGUUUGCCUGACUGUGUGUUAAGGGGGGUGGGGGAGGCGGCAGUGGUGGAAAGGGGGGUGAGGGGAAGUAGAGGCAGAUAACUUGAUAACUGAAUAACUUGAUACUAUAGGCACGAUAACUUGGUUGAGGCAUGUUGAAAACUAUGAAGAUCAAGUUGAAAGCUAAAAGAAAUUGAAUUUGUAGAAAAUAUAAAGAGAAUAUUUUUUUAAAUGUAUGAAUUCAGGG